AAUAUCGCCGUCACCAUCUGUCAGUGAGCGUUGCUGUUUUCACGGAUACCAUACCGCCUCUUGUUGAUACUGUGUUAAGAAACGAAAGCUAAACUGAUUAUUGCGGUAGUUGACGCAUUUCUACCUCAAGCCAGUAGUGGUUUAUUGCUUGUUUCUGUGUAGAUUUAGUUAGUCAGUUGAAUGACUCGUUACUGACUCAUUACAGUACUGUAGUGAGCGUUAUAGCUGAUCAGCAUUCAGCACUCUUCGAGAUGGCAGCUCAGACAUGUAACGUUAUAAUAAACUAGCUAGACGUUAAAGCAGCUAUUCAAACACCAUUGUGCCUAUUCGGAUGUGUGGACAAAACACCGUGGACUGUCUUCAUAUCCUUGAAUAAUUCCUAUCAAACAUACACGUUCUUGGACCGACAAUAGUAACGUUAGUACUAGCAAUUACUUUAACAUUACUUCUAAAUCCAAACUGCAGUUUACAAGCUUCAGCGAAAGAUAAGACUAUGUCCGAGGAAAAUACCCAGUUCUGCAGUAAUUGCAAGCAUGACAUUCCAGAAGCCAAUUUUACAACACAUGAGAUUCACUGUCGCCGGAAUAUUGCUCUCUGUGAUGUGUGCCAGGAGCCUUUUCCGCAUGCUGAGCUUGUGCAGCACAAAGAGAUGGACCACGCUGAGGAACAGUGCAAAUGUGGAUUAAAGAUAGAGAAAAGAUUCCUGGAGACCCAUCAGAGAUCAGAAUGCAGUCAUCGACUGGUCCCGUGCCAGUUCUGUGAUCUGGAGCUGGCUUCCUAUCAGGCUAAAGAGCAUGAGGAGUACUGUGGGACCCGCACCGAGCCCUGCCCUGCCUGCAAGUGUAACGUUAUGCUAAGAGAGCAACACGUUCAUCCAGCCCUGUGCGGAAGUCUGACUCCCCCUCAGGAGAGGCAAAGCAGUAGGGCAGGGUCCCAGUCUCCUGGAGCAUGGUUUGAGGCACACUCCAUCCAUAACCUGUUGAGGGCCCAGGAGAGGAGCCACAAUAAUAACAACACGGGGGCCGUGGACCGUAGGGGUCCACCACGACCCUUAGAGGACAGACUGCAUAACAGCACCAGAGGAACACUUUUCGGGGGAACCAGGAGAAACAGAGAAAUGAGGAACAGUGAAUUUGCUUAUUUGCUGGAUCAGGAAGCAGAAUUGCAUGGGAACAACAACAACAGCCUGCUGUGGACUCUGGGACAACUGCCAGACUACGAGUCCUCCAGUCUGGACUACAUGCUGGCCCUCAGCCUGCAGAGUGAAGGUGACUUGGAGGACCCCCUUCAGGAGGGCGUGUGGACUGAUGUGUGGGACCGUAACCUGGGAAGGACACCAGCCCAUAGCAAUCUCACUUCCCAGCUCUCCUCCAGCACUAACAACAACUGCACUGCAGCUCCCCCUAAAACCAACCUGGCCCCAGCCCACAGCCCUUCCUCAAACAUCAUGCUGCCUUGCGAGUUCUGUGAAGAGCUCUUUCCAGAGGAAGACCUCAUCCUACACCAGACCGGCUGCAGCCCGGCCUCUGCUAUCGCUUCCUUCAGUAAACAAGCUUCUUCUCUUCAAUAUGAAGAUGACAUCAGUCAAGGGGCUGGUCAUAUCAUUCCUCCCCGCACGCCCAGUCCGCCCACCCUGCCCCUGUCCGUUUCUCCGCUCUCCUACAGUUCCUCCUCUAGCCCAGUUGAGGGCGAAGUGCUCAUUCCUUGUGAGUUUUGUGGCGUUGCUUUGGAAGAGGAUGUGCUCUUUCACCAUCAGGACAAGUGUGACUUCCGCCCCCAGACAGCUUUUUUAGUCAAUGGAGUUUCUCCACGAAAACCAACCCAGAAUGUCAAAGAGACCCCGGACAGAAGAUCUCCUGAGAAGCAGAGGAGGGUGAGACAUCAAGCUGAGCCAGGUGAGGAGCUCCUGCAACAGACAGCUCAGGGGCGACAGAGAAGCUCCUCAGGUUUGGACCAAUGGCCGCCCUCAGCUUACAGUUACUCUAAGAACACAAAUGUUGAACAGCAGGCGAAGAGCAGGAACCAAAGGCUCAAAGCUGGAGAAGCAAACACGUAUCUCAACGACAGCCUCAAGCCCCGUUCUACAACUGCUUUGGGAUCUCCACACAGAGGAAGACUGGAAGGUCGAACGAGUGAGAAAAACACGGAAGCACCAAAGGUGCCUAAAAAGCAUAAUGUUGAAAAAGAAGAGGAGUAGAAAAACAUCUUAGUCUCUGUGACUCAAAGCAGUGGCCUGUUAUUUCUGUUUUAUUGGCUGUUUUGUUUGUGUCUGCAAAACAUUUACACUCCCAGGUGAAUUUAUAAAUUCUUUGGCUUGUAAAUGUCUUUCUUUGAUUGCACUAUUUUUUAAAAUCUCUGUAUUGUAUUUUUUUAUUGUAUUGUUUGUUUUAAGCAUCGUUGUAUUUUCUUUGUUUCAAAGACGACAGAGAAAUGUGUAUUUUAUUUAAAACUACACACAAGUUAUAGUACAAAUAUAGAAACUGGCAUAACACUUUACUUUAAUGUUGUAUACUUUAGUUAAUGCAAUUGUGAACAGUGGACAAUACUGCGUUUAUUAAUCCUGGUUAAUAUUAAUUUCUAUGUAUUUUUUAAAUAUAAAAAUGUGUGUAUGUUUAUACUGUUAGUUCAUAAUGCAUCGUGAACUGAUAAUUCAGCAAUGACCAAUAAAAUAUUUAGGAAUUAAGAUAACAAUGAUUAAUAAAUGCUGUAAAAUAAUUAUACGGACUGCAUUAAAGGUGGGGUAUGUGAUUUUCUUUUUUGACCAUUUUUUCAAAAUCACUCAAUCCUAUUCGUAACCCACUCACUGGCUGUAAAUUAGAAGCACUGAAAUGAAAAUGAAGCAAUUUAAUCAUCUGUGGAACGGGCAGGACUCCAGCCAAUCUUUCUCAAGAACCAUCUAGAAUCAUUGGACAGAAAAUGCGUCAAUCAAACGGUCUUACCAUGCCCCCCUCCCUCCACCCCCCUCGUGCACGUGUCCCGUUCUACUACCAACAGAUGCGGCUGUGGCAUUUUUUCUGCUUGACCGACAGGUGAGAAGCCGAUUGACUAGUAGUAUUUACUACUAAUCAGGGAACUCUUUACUGAUGAUAUGCGCUUGAGAAUUGUAGCUGUUCUAACGUUAUAGCCCAGCCAUAUGUAGAACUAGCUAGCUAAACAACCUGUUUGGGGAGGAAGCUGUAUUUAUGCAUCUUGAGUGCUUGAUUGCACAUCCAUGUUUUUUGAAUGGGUGGAGUCAGGGCCAGAUAAUAAUUUUACAAUGUACAUUCAAAAGCGUCUCCUAGUGCAGCAACAACAAUUCAUAAACUUUGAAUUUGUGGAUAUUUGAGAGCUAUUGUAAGACUGCCUGUAUGGUGGAAUAGUUGAUUGUGUUAUCAUGAUUGUUUAUCUUUGGUCAUGUAACAUUUUUCAAUAAAAAGGUCUUGCUGUGACUGAAGGUGG